UCAAAUCCCUGCUCACCACCACCACCACCACCUCUCUCCACUCUCACUCACCUCCAUUCAUCUUCUCCUCCUCCUCCUUCAUCAGCUCCCGCGAGCCGACGGUCAAUCCAUUUCAUUCCGUCACAUUUCUGUGACAUUUUCAAAUGGUCAUACAACUUCUGCUACUGUUUUUGGUGUUCCAACAGAGUUUAUGUUACCAAUUAGAUGGAGUUGUUGUGACAUUAGGAGAUCAUGAUGCACUUGAAGCGAUUAAGAACGGAUUAACCGAUCCGUAUGGGUAUUUGAAGAGUUGGAAUGAUUCUAAUUCAGGAGCUUGUUCCGGUGAUUGGGUUGGUAUCAAAUGCGCACAGGGUCAGGUUAUUGCGAUACAACUUCCAUGGAAAGGGUUGAGCGGCCGGUUAUCGGAGAAAAUCGGUCAGUUAUCGGCUCUUCGUAAGAUUAAUUUCCAUGAUAAUGAAAUUACUGGUAUGAUUCCUAAUUCAAUUGGGUUUUUAAGAAAUCUUAGAGGUGUUCAUCUUUUUAAUAAUAAAUUUUCUGGGUCUAUUCCUGUUUCGAUUGGUUCUUGUCCUAUGCUCCAAACACUUGAUUUAAGUAGCAAUUCACUCACCGGAAUCAUACCGGAGAGUAUCGCCAAGUCUACAAAGCUUUAUAAACUAAAUCUCAGCUUCAAUUCAUUGUCUGGGGCAGUCCCAAUUAGUCUUACUCGUUCAAAUUCACUCACAUUUCUUGCAUUAGACAACAAUAAUCUUACUGGCUCUGUUCCUGACACUUGGGGUAGUGGAAAAGAAGCUCAGCUUCAAAUCCUAACUCUUGAUCACAACUCUUUAUCUGGAAAUGUUCCAAAUUCGUUGAGCAGAUUGGGUAAUCUUGAAGAAAUUUCAAUGAAUCAUAACAAGAUUAAUGGAACGAUUCCGAAAGGGAUUGGUUCUCUUUCGAAGCUUCGGAUUCUUGAUUUAUCAGAAAAUGAUCUUAGUAAUGAGAUUCCGGUGUCACUAUCGGAUUUACCUAAGCUCAGUUCUUUCAAUGUGUCGUACAACAAUCUUUCUGGUUCUGUUCCAUUUUUUCUCUCGAACAAGUUCAAUUCCAGCUCUUUUGUUGGAAACCUUCAGCUAUGUGGUUUUACUGGUUCGCCUCCGUGCCCGUCGCUCCCACCUUCUCAAGUUCUCCCAUCUUCUCCAUCGGAAACUUCAAAAAAUAGUGGUCGGAAGUUUAGUCUGAAAACCAUACUUCUCAUAGCUUCAGGAGCCUUAUUGGGGGUUCUGAUAAUACUAUGUAUUAUAUGGAUUUGUUGUAUGCUGAGCAGAAGAAGUAAAGCUUCGAAAUCAAAGAACGGCGACAACGUUCGGAAAGUCACCACUACUGCUGCCGCAGGAGAGAAAGGUGUUGCGGUAUCUGGAACUGAAAUUGAAGCAGGUGGUGAUAUGGGAGGGAAACUAGUACAUUUUGAAGGGCCUUUAGUGUUUACGGCCGAUGAUUUAUUGUGUGCGACUGCGGAGAUAAUGGGGAAGAGUAAUUAUGGGACUGUGUACAAAGCUACAUUGGAGGAUGGGAGUCAAGUUGCAGUUAAGAGGUUGAGGGAGAAAAUUGCGAAGAAUCUCAAGGAAUUUGAAGGGGAAGUUAAUGGUCUUGGGAAGAUCCGACACCCGAAUCUCCUGUCACUUCGAGCUUACUACAUGGGUCCUAAAGGAGAGAAACUUCUUGUCUUCGAUUUCAUGCCCAAAGGGAGCCUUGCAUCUUUCCUCCAUGCUCGAGGACCGGACACCCCAAUCGAUUGGCCAACUAGAUUGAGCAUAGCGAUUGGAGCAGCACGAGGGUUGAGCUACCUUCACGCCAAUGAGAGCAUAAUUCAUGGUAACCUCACAGCUGCCAAUAUCCUACUCGACGAGCAAACAAAUGCAAAGAUCGCCGAUUAUGGUCUAUCACGCCUCAUGACCACCAAUGCCAGCUCAAGUGUGGUUGCAACUGCCGGUGCACAAGGCUACAGAGCACCUGAGCUAGCAAAAGCCAAGAACUUAAGCACAAAGACCGAUGUUUACAGUCUUGGUGUAAUAAUGUUAGAGCUCUUGACAGGGAAAUCUCCAGGUGAGCCAAUGAACGGAAUGGAUUUGCCUCAAUGGGUGGCAUCAAUUGUUAAUGAGGAAUGGACAAACGAAGUAUUCGACCUUGAGCUAAUGAAAGAUGCAAACAAUGGCGACGAACUGCUUAACACAUUGAAAUUAGCUCUGCAUUGUGUUGACCCAUCACCUGCUGCCCGUCCAGAGGUUCACGAAGUCCUGCAACAAUUGGAGAAAAUCAAACCAGCUGAAUUGCCUGUCAGUUCCGGGGAGGAUGGUGGCGACUAAAAUCGGUUCCUAUAGCAUACAUACAGCUACGAGUUCAUUCAUUGUUUUCCAAUAUUAAUAAGUUAUAAGUUAAAUUCUUUCAUUCAUUCGUGAGAACUCCUCUUACGCAAAUAAUGAGUUCUCUGAACAAGUUGUUCUGUUGUUGUACUCUUCUGUUUGUAAUUAUAGCCUAUAGGCAUUGUAUCAGUUAUCACAUAAAUGUUGUAUCACUGUUCUUAUGUCUUAUAAACUGAUUUCUUCUUUCCA